GAGGAUGAAUUUGGAUAUAUGCUUGCUGAUAUACUCAAGGAAAAUAAUGUAAACAACCAAGGGAUGCGAUUUGACCGUGCUCGUACUGCUUUGGCAUUUGACAUGUUUUAUCGUAAUCCCAGUGCUGAUAUGCUGCUCCAAGAAGAUGAACUCGAUUUGGACUUAAUUAGAAAGGCCAAGAUCUUCCAUUAUGGUUCUAUAAGUCUUAUAACAGAACCAUGCAAAUCAGCACAUAUAGCUGCAGCAAAGGCUGCGAAAGAUGCUGGUGUAGUUCUGUCUUAUGACCCUAACCUGAGGCUUCCUUUAUGGCCUUCUGCGGAUAGUGCAAGAGAAGGAAUUCUGAGUAUAUGGGAGACUGCAGAUAUCAUUGAGAUAAGUGAAGAAGAGAUCUCUUUUCUCACAAAGGGUGAAGACCCGUAUGACGAUGCGGUUGUUCAUAAAUUAUUCCAUCCAAACCUCAAGCUACUCCUGGUGACUGAAGGUGCAGAAGGCUGCAGGUAUUAUACCAAGGAGUUCAGUGGUAGAGUCACGGGAAUGAAGGGGAAGAUAGCAUUAAUCACUGGUGGUGACUCUGGAAUUGGAAGAGCAGUGUGCAAUUUAUUUGCAUUAGAGGGUGCAGCUGUGAUUUUCACCUAUGUGAAGGGACAAGAGGACAAGGAUGCGAGGGAUACUAUUGAAAUGAUAAAAAGGGCUGGGAUACUAUUGAAAUGAUAAAAAGGGCUAAGACUGCAGAUGCUAAAGAUCCACUGGCUAUACCAGCUGACCUUGGUUUUGAUGAGAAUUGCAAGAGAGUGGUGGAUGAGGCAGUGAAUGCUUAUGGCCGCAUAGAUAUUCUGGUCAACAAUGCAGCUGAGCAGUAUG